AUGGACGAGACAAUGAGCGAAGAACCCAGCUCGCGGGGGAAUGAGGACCAGCAGGACGAGGCCGAGCACAAGAUCAUCAACGAAGAGUACAAGAUCUGGAAGAAGAACUCGGUCUUCCUCUACGACAUGCUUUAUGGGCGCGCGCUGGAAUGGCCCACGCUCACGACGCAGUGGCUGCCUGACAAGAAGCCCGUCGAGGGCACCAGCAUGAGCCAGCACCGCGUCAUCCUGGGCACACACACAUCGAACCAGGCGCAGAACUACCUCCAGAUCGCCCACUGCGAGAUCCCCGACUUCCGCACCCCCGAGCUGUCUGAGCUCGGCCAGGACCGCGAUGAGGUUGGCGGCCAUGGCCAUGCGAAACGCCCGUUCGACUUCAAGGUCGUGCAGAAGAUCAACCACCCGGGCGAAGUCAACAAGGCGCGCUACCAGCCCCAGAACCCAGACAUCAUCGCCACGCUGUGCACAGACGGUCGCGCCCUCAUCUUCGACCGCACAAAACACCCCCUGCAGCCCAAGGGCGACGCCGUCCAGUUCGAGGCCGAGCUGGUGGGCCACGAGAAGGAGGGUUUUGCCAUGAGCUGGAGCCCCUUCCACGAGGGCCACCUGGCCACCGGCGGCGAAGACACGACGGUCAAGACGUGGGACAUCAAGAGCGGCUUCUCCAAAUCCAACAAGACCAUCGCCCCGACCGCCUCGUACACCAUCCACAGCGCCGUGGUCAACGACGUGCAGUACCACCCCAUUCACAACUUCCUCAUCGGCUCCGCCUCCGACGACCUCACAUGGCAGGUCAUCGACACGCGCAUGGAGACUCACAAGACGGCGCUGUGGAGGAAGGUGGCCCACGCUGACGCCGUCAACAGCAUUGCCUUCCACCCCGAGUUUGACUCGCUGCUGGCGACGGGCUCUGCAGACAAGACGAUUGGCAUAUGGGAUCUUCGCAACUUCGAGAAGCCUCUGCACAGCCUCCAGGGCCAUCGCAGCGACGUCAUUGGCCUGCAAUGGCACCCCCAGGACGCCGCCAUCCUCGCAAGUUCCAGCUAUGAUCGCCGCAUCCUGCUCUGGGACACGAGCAAGAUUGGAGACGAGCAGACCGAGGAGGAGGCCGAGGAUGGACCGCCCGAACUCCUCUACAUGCACGGCGGCUUCACCAACCGAAUCUGCGACUUUGACUGGAACAAGAACGACCCGUGGGUCAUGAUGGGGGCCGCCGAAGACAACCAGCUGCAGAUCUUCCGUCCUGCGCGCAAGCUCGUCGAGCCUGUGCAGAAGACGGUCCACCACGGAGAGGUUUCAGACUAG